AUCGAGGAAUCGGCUAUUGAGCUAGAACGAGUCCUUCUUGAACCUCGUGUCCGUCGAUUUGCCUCAACAGUUACUUCCACAGACUGCUGUUGUUGUCUCUUUCCUGGCGAUGCUCGUGAUCAUCCUUAUAUUGACAACCAGCAGUCGGGAGUCGCUUCGAAGCACGCUGUUUUCGCACUUGGCCUCAUUAUUGCCCUCAAUAAGAUCGAUCUGGUCCAAGAUUCGGAGCUACGUCGUGCAGUCUCUAUAUUCAGAGCUACCUUGACAGAUGCUAGUGUCCUCGGUUGGUCAAGCUCAUUGCUUCAUAGCGAUUCAACUGGAACCUCGUCUUCUUCAUCUUGGGACCAGAUUGGUCGACAAGCUAACUUCUCUUUAGGCUUAGUGCCAAUCUGUGCUGUGAAUGCUCAAGGCAUAGAUCGACUUGGGGAUCUAAUCGUCCGAGUCUACCGGGGGGAACUAUUAGAGCCGAAGGAACAGGCUUUUACACCCUCUAUUGCACCACUUGGGUCGAUCAACAAUGACGUUGACUAUCCGGAUGACGGAAAAACAAAAAUGGAGUCCGCAGGCAAUCAUGCAAGAGAGCCGUCAGCCUAUACAAAUAAUUCACGAAGUCAAAGUGUCUAUCUAACCAGAUUCUAA